AUGUGUCUGCGAGUCGGGGAAGGAGUCCGACGAGAGGCUCGGGGGGCAGGGGCAAGGCGCCUCAGCGCAGAUCAGAGGAUGGCAAUGGAGGCAAUGGCAGUGCCAGGGUUCCAGGUGUUAGAGCCACGAAGAAGGAGAGGUCGGGAGGACUACNGAAGGCGCUUCAGCGCAGAUCAGAGGAUGGCAAUGGAGGAAAUGGCAAUGCCAGGGUUUCAGGUAAUGGGGGAGACCAAGGGCCCGUGAAGGAUGAAAAAAAUCGCAAGAGGGGGGUCGAUGCCCAGGGGGAGGAGGAUGGUGGAGUGGUCAAGGCCUCGGACGAGGGUGGUGGAAGGGAGGGAGAGUCCCUUGGCGGGCAGUCACCGGGUGGGGGGAAAGUGAGAGACACAUCGAUUGCGAUCCUUGACUUGUUACAUUCGCACUUUGGGGGUAAUGUGGAUGCUCUCCAAAGUCUGGUGUCCAACAUGUGGGGAGGUGGAAGAAUGGAACCAACGAGAUACAAGAGAAAUCUUGCGGGGUGGAGGUGAAGGGUGAAAGAGGGUGAAAAGUAUUGCGAGAUUCAAAACAAAUCUCGAGGAGUGAUGGUGCAGGGUGAAGGAGGUCCCGAGUAUUGUGAUGACGAAAAGAAAUAUCGCGGGCAGAAGGGAAGAAAACAGAGCCCAGGACCGGGAUCAAAACAGAAUCUCGGGGAGGCUGAAUAAAGCGAAAACAAUCAUCACGCGAGAACAUCGAAGACGACUCGGAGGGUGGGAUUGUUGAGGAGGAGGGGGGCCGAUCGGUGGUGCACAACACCGAGGGUGAUGGCCUGGCGACGGGGAUCGUCUCGUCCAACCACGGUGAAGCGGCGGACUACCUGACACCAAAUACUCGGUCGGUCGAUGGGGAUUUAACGAUGGAUCGACAUCGGCAUACGACUAGAGUUCAAGUGUUCGCGGGGUCGAGAGCGACUACGAUGAUGUCGUGGGAGGCUCUGUUGGAUACCGGAAAUCCGGCAUCGUUUGUACAAGAAAGGUGGCGUUCAGGCGGUUGUGGCAAAGGGUGCCUCCGCACAUUCGAGACGUCCAUUUCGACUUCAAUGCGAAUCUGUGGGAGCCGGAAGACAUUGACAAACUAGGGAAGGGGCAGAACACGUGCGCGACCUGGAAAGGUUUUUCGAGCGUAUGGUCAAGUUCAACCUGAACUGGCACCCAAUAAGACGAACCUGGGGGUGAAAGUGGUGACAUUUUUGGGACAUCAAGUCACGG